AUGGAUCCCUGCCGGUCCUUGGCCCUGCUUGCCGGCUCCUUGGGCCUGAUGUCUUCCCUGGUUGCUCUGAGCACCAAUUUCUGGUUUGUGGCAGUAGGGCCCACAUUCUCAUCUCACUCCGGCCUCUGGCCAACAGGGCACAAGGACCCUGUCUCAGACUACAUACGUGUGACGCAGACCUUCUGUAUCCUGGCUGUCCUGUGGGGCUUGGUGUCUGUGGGCUUCUUGGUCCUGUCCUGUAUCCCCUCCCUGUCCGCUCCGGGCCGAGGCCCCCUCGUUGCAACCAUCACAGGCUUUGCUGCAGCCAUCUCCAUGAUAGUGGCCAUGGCGGUGUACACCAGUGAGCGGUGGGGCCAGCCUUCACAUCCCCAGAUCCAGACCUUCUUCUCCUGGUCCUUCCACCUGGGCUGGGUCUCGGCAAUCCUCUUCCUCUGUACAGGUGCCCUGAGUCUGGGAGCUCACUGUGGCGGUCCCCGGCCUGGCUAUGAAACCUUGUGAGCGGAAGGCGAGAACAGCAGGACAAGCUUUGAGCACUGUUAUCCAAAGACUUCAUCUGGAGUCUUGGGAAUAUCUGGUCCUGCCUCCGCCUUCCAGCCUCUCUCCAGCCCCUCCAUUUGUUUCUUCAUUCAACAAAAAUUGGCUGGAAUCUGGUUA